CAAGUCUCAGCUCCUGUCUUACAUCGAUCGCCUGGCCCCCCGCAGUCAGUACACGACAGGCCGGGGCUCCUCAGGAGUAGGCCUUACGGCCGCCGUGCUAAGAGACUCUGUGAGCGGAGAACUGACCUUAGAGGGUGGGGCCCUUGUGCUGGCUGACCAGGGUGUGUGCUGCAUCGAUGAGUUUGACAAGAUGGCUGAGGCCGAUCGCACGGCCAUCCAUGAGGUUAUGGAGCAGCAGACCAUCUCCAUUGCCAAGGCAGGCAUUCUCACCACACUCAAUGCUCGCUGUUCCAUCCUGGCCGCUGCCAACCCCGCAUACGGGCGCUACAACCCCCGCCGCAGCCUGGAGCAGAACAUACAGCUUCCUGCUGCACUGCUCUCUCGAUUUGACCUCCUCUGGCUGAUCCAAGACCGCCCCGACCGAGACAAUGACCUACGGUUGGCCCAGCACAUCACCUAUGUGCAUCAGCACAGCCGGCAGCCCCCUGCACAGUUCGAACCUUUGGACAUGAAACUCAUGAG